CUGAUUAAUUAUAAACAAUAGUUAAUAGAAAAUACUUUUUGCGGCGUUCUUUUCUAUGUGAUUCCGUUGAUUGGUGGAGCUUAGGUAUACUAUAGGUAGCAACAACCGGAUUACAUAGUUUUCAGAAUAUCUUCAUCUACAAAAGGUAUCAUUAUCAACAACCGACCUAUUUACAAUAUGGAUGAGGAGCAGGCGAUACGCAAGCUUGAAGACGUUGUUGAAAUUAUGACGGAUAUGGCACACAUCAGGCGAAGCUCACAUUCAGGGCCCUCGAGUGUAACGAAAAUGCUUCCGGAAAUAAGUCCGACACUUGUACAAGAGGUGAUUGAAGGGUUCAGCCUGUUUGACAAGCACAACCAGAACGGUCUUGAUAUUCACGAGCUUGCAACGGUGUUUCGAGCCCUUGGGCAGAAUCCCACGGAUGCCGAGCUGCACGAAAUCAUGCGAAACUACGAUGUGAACCGCGAUGGGGUCAUACAGAAGGAAGAUUUCGAGCAGAUGAUUCUGUCCUACAUGAAGCCAAUGGUGCAGGUACAGGAGGAAUUGAGGGACGCAUUCAGAAUAUUCGACAAGGACGGCAGCGGGUUCAUUGACAAGACAGGUAAUGCAAUAAAUAGCAGGUUUUAA